AUGACCAGGAAGAGAGUCGUUGACGAAGAAUACAUAUCAAAUUCCAGGAAACAAAGAUCUUACAAACAUAACCACAAUCUGCUCCUCCAGGUACUGGAAAAAGCAUAUUAUGAAGUCAAAACAAUCAGAACCACUGCUACAAAUUUUGGAUUGAGGAAAUUGCAUCCUGAAGAAAAGAAGAAAAUCAUUUAUCGACUUGAGACAUCGUUUGUUAGUCAACAGCAAGUAGAAGAUAUCAAUCUAUCUUCUCUGUCCGUCCUCGUCAGUCUCUCAAGCAGAGACUUAAUCGAAGUAGCCAUGCACAAGAUUGCUAGUGACGAUGAUCUCAGUGAUGAAGAUAAACACUGGUGGAAUGACUACUUUGUUCGCUGCAAGGACUUUCUCUCCCAGGAAUUUAAUCACAUAAAAGAGACUAUAUUUAAGAAAGGCUUCCAGAAGGCCCUUGGAAGCGCAACUAAUAGGCUCGGGAAAGAAAGAAGAUCCUUGCUUGACUUGAGAAAACAAGUAUUUGCCGCGAAAAGGGAGACUGAGGAGCUACCUCCAGACGACAAUCUACAGAAUGCACUCCCAGAGGAUAACCAAGCAGGAUGUCCGAUGAAUGAAGAUGAAGAACAGGAAGUAACUAUAAAUAUAGUCGCCCCAUUCGAAGACCACAAUCCAGAGACAAUACGGAUCCGAAGGAAAGAGAGCGGAACCAUCGAAGGCACAGAGAACGUGGAGUAUGCGGGGAUUGCUCUUGCUGCAGUGCACAGCGUAAUCGGCAUUAAAGUUGUCAAUAUACAGGCUGUCGUCAGCAGCAUGAUGAGUCAGGCUGGCAACCGGUCUAAGUAUAGGCUAGUUAGGGGAAACGCGCACUCGUCCUUGGGCGCCGCUUCAACCAGAGUUAUUGACGAAAACGGGGAGAAGGUACAUAUCUUAGAACAUUACAAGAAAGAACUUCUACCACAAUUCAGAACUUCAAAGGGAACAAAGGGACUUGGUGCCAGUGACAAGCGAGCUGAUGUUCGGCUUCUAGAACCCAAGUGCGGUAAAGAAGCCUGCAACCCUAAACCGCGUAUUCCUCCUGGGUCACGAAUCGAUCAAUGGCGCAAGGACGUUGCUCGUGCAGUCCGCCGCGCUGUGACCACGUCUCGCUGUUCCACUUCUCUCGCGGCUAGUCCUGCUACCGCUUCCUGCAACGCAGUCUCUCAGUCCACUUCAAUCCCUAAGGUUCAGGCCGUCACAGUCUCCAAACGACGCGCCAAGGAUGAAAACGAUAACGAAUACGUCUACGAAGCAGAUGAAGGCGGUUCUCACUACUCUACAGAUGAGGAGUCUCGAGCUUUAGCAAAGGCUGAACAAUCUGGACGUACCCGCCAUGGUGCAGGUAAUACACAAUUGACUGGUGACUAUGAAGGUGCUUAUGGAGGCGACGAUCCGAAAGAAUACUGA